CUUCUUCAUCAAAUCAUCAUCAAUCCAUUCCUCCUCCUUCUCUCACUCUCUCUUUCUCUCCUUCCUUUUUCCUUUUUCUCCUUCAUCUUCUACUUCUAUUAAUUUACUCAAGAACACCUCAAAUCUCUUGCUUAAUCACUCUUCAAAUUUCUUCUCAGAGAUCUUUCCCAGAUCUGUAAAUCCCCUUCAUUAAUCCCCUUUUUUCUUUAUCUUCAGGAAGUAAGAAGUUGCAUAAUCAGACUUUGAAGGGUCUGGGACUUGAACUGUAAAUAGUUCUGGUGUCCAGAUGAGAAGAACUGAUGUUAUUGGCAGUCGAAGGAGGAGGGUUUUUCUCUUCGUCAGCAACCGGGUAUAGCAAGGGUCUGACCCUUUUACUUCUGGGUCAGAGGAGUGAUGAGAAGCACAUGAGAGUAGCUCCUUGGAAUCAAUACCAGUUGGUGGACCAGGAAACUGAAAGUGACCUCCAGCUGGCUUCUGGAAAGAACAGACUUUCCCGCGGGUGCGCUACCUUUGUGUGCUUUGGUCGCGCUUCCGCAGGACUUGAUGGACAGUCACCACUUAAAGUAGGUCCCACACAACCUCAAGUUAUCUUGCCAAGUGGUACUGUAAACGAGAGUGAAAAGGAACACAGCACUGUUGAUAACAAUGAUAACAAUGUUGGAAAUAUCAUGCUCAAAAGUAGCCUGAAGAAGCCAUCAAAUAAUACUUCACAAACUACAAAAAGCAGUGAUGAGCAGCAGCCCCUGUCUGAAGAGAGUACUGAUCUUCCUGGACACACAGAAAGGAGAAAAGUGCAGUGGACAGAUGCAUGUGGGAAAGAGCUUGCCGAGAUCAGAGAAUUUGAGCUCAGUGAACAUGGCGAUUCAGACGAUGAAUUUGUCAACGGAAAUGGGAAGGCUUGUUCUUGUAGGAUUAUGUAAUUGGGGCUUGUGAAUUCACUUGAUUGUUUUCGAACUCUUGAUGGUGGAGUAAAAGGGUAAUUAGAUUGAGCCAUUUAUCGUGAUUUAGAUUGGGGCGUUUAGCAGCAGUGAAAUCAGAAGAUAGCGAGUGGUGUUGCCCAUUUUUUCGAGAUUUCGUGUGUUGAUUAUCUGCUAAAAUCCAGAGCAUCAGGAUUCCUCUACUGUUAAUAUCUUGUCAAUUUUGUUUUAUUGAGUGGACAAUCAGAUUGGUUUUUCUUAAAAAUUCAUCCCUAAAUUCAUUCUUUUCCGAACUCGAAAUUUUCUUCCCCAUCCCAUCCCAUCCCAUCCCAUCCCAAUAGUUUUAGCAGAUGAUAUUAUCUUUAGUUUUCAUGACUGUUUGUGUAUUUGCUGCUCUUAUGAUAAUAUUGUUGCAUUCAAUAUCA